AGAUUCAAUUCCCAAUCAAAUUUUUCAAACUCCAGCUGUUAAUAUAAAAAAUAAAUCUCAUUCUAAUAGUAGUGAUAUAACUCGAGCUGAAAUAGAUAAUAUGAUAAAAUCACAAUUAGCUUUAGCACCAACUACUUCUCUUCAGCCUACACAACCCGCUUCUUCUCAAAGACGAGAAGGACAAUUAUUACGACCCAGUCAAAUGGAACCAGAUAAAAUAUAUCAAGAUCUUAAUUUGCGCUUAAAUGACCCAAAAUGGCUUCGAUUGGAUGAGGCAAUGGAUCAUUUUAGUGCUUUAGCAGGUCCAUCUUAUCUGCAAACUUUAAUGAAUACAAUUAGUAAAGAAGUGAUAGAUAGAAUUACGCCUCUCUUACCUAAGAAGAAAAAAGAAACCACUCCCAUUACUGAUGAUGUAGAUGAAAUCACAAAGGGUAUGGCUGAGUUAUCGAUAAAUGAGGCUAUAUUCAAAGGUGUAUCUAAAGGUAUAUCACAAGGAAUGAAGGAAGUAUAUGCUAGUAAAUUAUCCUCCGCCAUAUGGCCUAAAAAGAAAUCAGAUACGAUUAUUGACUCACAAAUUCGAAAAAUUAUUCUAGUCAUGUUUAACGAUCCAGAG